GGAGGGGCCCAGCGCAGGCGUUUAAAGAUGGCGGCGGCGCGGAGUGCGGGACCGCGAUCGUGAGGCGGCCGGACUCGCCCUCACCCGCAGCCCCGGCACAGGAGCGGCGGGGCCGCCGGGGAUGGCCCAGGUUGAAAGAAGAAAAGGAGAUCAGCUUGUCCAAUGAAGAUGCACUCUUAGUCUUCAGCUAUUUAAGCUGAAUGCAUUGUGAUUUCCAAUAAUUGAGACAGUGAUUCUGAAAGCUGUCUACAUUAAUGAAAAGAACAAUGUAGUCAGCUUAACUGAAUCAUCAGUGUUGCAUAUUGAAUAGAACGUGAUAAACCAAUCCUGAUGGACUUAUGCAUGUUAGGAAUAUAGAGAUAAACAUUUAUUAAAGCAUUGUGUUUUUUAAAAACAGUAGUUUUAAAAAUGGAGAACUAUGAAAAUGUACCACCCCUCCCUAAAGAACCUGCAAGAGAAAUGAAUGUGGAGAAUCUCACUUGUCGGCCACCUCUGCCGCCCAACGAACAGCCUCCACCACCUCCCCUGCAAACGUCCAGUGACGCAGAGGUAAUGGACGUUGGCUCUGGUGGUGAUGGACAGUCAGAUACCCCUGCUGGGGACACGCACAGUCUCUGCAGAACACAGCUGCUCACAAAGGGAUCUGCCUGCUACAAAAGUCGUCUUAUCAUAGACCCCAACAGUAGUGACCAAAGCCCGAGAACUGCUCGUCACGCACCGUCAGUUCGAAAGUUCACCCCAGAUCUUAAGUUACUGAAGGAUGUGAAGAUUAGUGUUAGCUUUACAGAAAGCUGCAAAAGCAAAGAUAGGAAAGUUCUGUACACUGGAGUUGAGCAGGAUUAUAAGGCAGAUACAGAAUUUGGUAUUAAUAAUGUCAAUGGGGAUUUGCAUGUUUGUCCUUUUGGUGGUAGUAAUGGUAAAACUGUAGGGAUAGGGGGUGAAAGUGAGGACAAGAAGGAUGAUGAAAAUGAUAUUGAUCAGGAAAAGAGAGUGGAAUUUGCAGUUCUGGAUGAGCUAGAAGACUUUACCGACAAUUUGAUGGAAAUAGAUGAAGAAGGAGGAGGGUUCACAUCUAAAGCAAUCGUUCAAAGAGAUAAAGUGGAUGAAGAAACCUUGAAUUUCUCAUAUGAGGAUGACUUUGAUAAUGAUGUGGAUGCUCUGCUGGAAGAGGGUCUUCGAGCACCCAAAACAAGGAGACUAGAUAAUGAGAAAUACGGUGGUGAAAGUGAUCACCAGUCUGAUGGAGAGACAAGCGUUCAGCCAAUGAUGACCAAAAUUAAAACUGUCCUGAAGAGUCGCGGCCGCCCUCCUACAGAACCUUUGCCAGAUGGAUGGAUCAUGACAUUCCAUAACUCGGGCAUUCCUGUAUAUCUGCACAGAGAAUCUGUUGUUACCUGGUCUAGACCUUAUUUUUUGGGAACAGGAAGCAUAAGGAAACAUGAUCCUCCCCUUAGUAGCAUUCCCUGCUUUCAUUACAAAAAAAUGAAGGAAAAUGAGGAAAGGGAACAAAACAAUGACAUAACCCCAAAUGGGGAAGUAUCGCCUGUAAAGCACUUAGAUAAAUCCUCAGAACUGGACUGCCAGACAGAAGAACCAGAUUCCACUGCUGCUGAUUCUGGGCCUUUAGAUGACAAAGACCCCUCUGGGGGAGAUGCAGCACAAGGAGCUUUGGGACAAGUUAAGGCCAAAGUUGAAGUAUGUAAAGAUGAAUCUGUAGAUCUGGAAGAUUUUAGACGCUAUCUUGAGAAGCGUUUUGACUUCGAACAAGUGACUGUAAAAAAAUUCCGCACCUGGGCCGAGCGACGCCAGUUCAACCGGGAGAUGAAGCGCAAGCAGGCGGAGUCCGAGCGGCCCAUCCUGCCAGCCAACCAGAAACUCAUCACCCUGUCUGUGCAGGAUGCACCUAUUAAGAAAGAGUUUGUCAUUAAUCCCAAUGGGAAGUCUGAAGUUUGCAUCUUGCAUGAAUAUAUGCAACGAGUCCUGAAGGUUCGCCCUGUUUACAAUUUCUUUGAAUGUGAGAACCCAAGUGAACCUUUUGGAGCCUCAGUGAUUAUUGAUGGAGUAACUUAUGGGGCAGGAACUGCCAGCAGCAAAAAACUUGCCAAGAAUAAAGCUGCUCGAGCUACACUGGAAAUUCUUAUUCCUGACUUUGUUAAACAGACCUCUGAGGAGAAGCCCAAAGACAGUCAAGAACUUGAGUAUUUUAACCAUAUCAGUAUUGAGGACUCACGGGUAUAUGAACUCACCAGUAAAGCUGGACUCUUGUCUCCAUAUCAGAUUCUCCAUGAGUGCCUUAAAAGAAACCACGGAAUGGGUGAUACAUCCAUAAAGUUUGAAGUGAUUCCUGGGAAAAAUCAGAAGAGUGAAUAUGUCAUGACUUGUGGCAAGCACACGGUGCGAGGCUGGUGCAAAAAUAAGAGAGUGGGGAAGCAAUUGGCUUCUCAGAAAAUCCUUCAGCUACUGCAUCCACAUGUGAAAAAUUGGGGCUCUCUCUUGCGAAUGUAUGGCAGAGAGAAUAGCAAACUGGUUAAACAGGAAACCUCUGAUAGAAGUGUGAUAGAACUUCAGCAGUAUGCCAAAAAGAACAAGCCAAAUCUGCACAUCCUGAACAAGCUACAGGAAGAAAUGAAAAAACUGGCACAGGAAAGAGAGGAAACCCGAAAGAAACCCAAGAUGACAAUAGUGGAAUCAGCUCAACCUGGUAGUGAACCUCUCUGUACUGUUGAUGUUUAAUGAGAAAAUGUGCAAGUGGGAGCAAUAACACAAAUGGAGGAACUAGAUUUUCAACAAUUAUUUAAAAAUUGUUUGCUGCAGAAUGCAAGAUAACUUUUAAAAUCCAAGCUGCUUCAGUUAUGCAUUGUUCUUUUUGCAUCAUCAGGGCAAUAUUACUUUUUCCUAGUUUCUUUUUCUUUGGUUUUUUUUUUCCUUGUUUAUUACCUCUGAGAUAUGUAUGUUUAAUGAAUUGAUCAUAAAGGUCUCUACUGGGGCAAAUGCACAGAGGACAGGCAUGUUCACACAGGAUAAAACCAAUCAAGCACUUUCUCCUGGAAAGCCAUCCAUGUUGUUUGAAAUGGAUGUAUUUUAAGUAUGAAAUUCAGAAUAUCUAUGUACAGGUUGAAGCUGAUAUUAUAUAUAUACACAUUCAUAUAUAUGUAUAUAUAAAAGAAAUAUAUGUACAUCUUCUUGUAUGAACAUGCCUAAAACUAUUUUUGUGAGAAGUUUUGUUGCAUUUCAGCACAUAAUAAUAUGCACUGAUAAGACACUUUGGUGACAAAUACAGGAAAGUGAUGAGCAAUGUUUCUAAUGCCAUAGGAUUAGGCCAGUAACGCCAUUUCUUUUUGUUUCUUGUCUCCUGCCAGGCUUAGUUAUUUGACAUUAGAGGGUGCAGAUUUUGUUACUACUUGAACAAGAAUACCUGGUAGUGUUAAGAGUAACAGGUUGGAGAUUCAAAUUUACUGGUGUUUAUUUUAAAUGACAAGAACCUGUGUUUGUUUACAGAUCAGUUGAACAGGGAAAAUAUGGCCCCACUUACAUGAGUAAAAUAAAAACUGUAAUUUGAAAGGCUGUUUUCAAAGCUUGGAGCCAAAAUGCAGCUGAUGAUGGUUGAUAGUCUGAAAAUAUUUUGCCAAUGACUUUCCACUCCCUUUUCCCAGCAAUAAAACAGUUUCUUAUU